UGUACAGGUGUUCCUAAUAAAAUGAACGGUGUGUGUAUGUGUUCACAUCAAACAUUAAUAAUAAAUGUAAAGCACUUAUUGCACUAAGCUAAGCCUACUAGUGAGCAUGCUAUAGUUAUAUAGAGUGACCAUGACAGAGUACAGAGAUCCCAAUAAUGUGGAAAAUGUAAAUAGUAGGGUAGAAAAACAGGUAAAGGGUGUGUAGAUUAGCUCAUAUGUCGAGGAGUACACCUUCACUCAUGCGUCAGAAAGAAGGCUGCUGCCUCAGCUUGAGCAGUCCUCUAUGGGUGAGUGAGUCUUCACAGUUGGAUGGAAUCAUUGGAAGAUACAGCGUGAUUUCCUGAACCACUAUGGCACCAUCUUGGAAGAAUCACAGGAGUGCAGUAAGAGAAGGAGCUAUUUGCUUUGUGCUGGGAGCAGUGGGAGGAUGUGCAUUAGGAGCCACAGUGACUCCAGUACACCAGGCCAUGACUGAGAUUAUCUCAGGGUCACUACUGAAUCCAGUCAUGGAUGGAGUGAGGACUGUGGGGCCACUGGGUUUGGGAACUUUGCUAGGAGCGACUGCGAUAUCCACAACAAUGGCCUCAGCUGCAGCAGGAGUGACUGUGGCUGCUUUAGUUAGUUUGCUGCUCAUAACGCAAAAGAAAACGGAGUCUACGAGUGGAUUUGUGUGGAUUGCAGCUGGGAUAGCUGCGUCCGUUUGCACAACAUCCUGUGGAGCAGCAAUUGGGUUUAUUAUAGAGAAACACAUCAUGAGGUCUGGGGUUGUGGCACUACUCUGGGCUCUAGGGAUAUUCACUGUGCUGAAAGCAUUCAUUCACACUGUUGUACGGCUGGCAUGCAGAGAAAGGGAGUGCUGUAGCAUCCUUGCCACUCAGGCUGAAGAGCAAUACUACGAGAGAUUAUAUAUUUUGGAGGCUGAGCAGAGAGAGAAAGUCAUUGUGGAGAUUGAACAGAUGAUGAUAGCUUUUGAGACAGAAAAAAGCCAUGAUGGAGAGAAUGAGCAGGAUUUCAGAGGUGCCUGGGAGGCCCAGCGACAGAACAGAGAGGAUAUGGAUAAACAGCGAAGGAAAGCAAGAGAGCUGACUUUGGAGCAAAGGAGCAUUCAGGAGCGUCUGAAAAAUGUUGUAGCCAAAUAUUUAGAGCUUCUGACUUUCUCCAGCAUUCCAAUGACAGUGACUGCCGCUGUAACUGCUGGCUUUGGAAUCUUUGGAUUCGGAGACUACAGAUUUGUUUUUGUUGGCCUAUUGACCCUAGUCCUCUGUACGGCCUUCAUGUUAAUGAGGUCGAUGCCUUUGAACUUUUGGAUGUUCACAGCCUGUGUAGGAAUGUUUGCCACAUUCACUAUUGCUGUGCUCACACUGCAUGCAGGACAGGAAGUACUGGAGAUGUCUGUAAGAAUGCGGAAGGCUGGACAGGUACUAAGUAAGGAGAGCAUUGCCACCAGGAUGGACCACAAAUCUUCACUAGAAGCCAUAGCAUCAGGGUUUUUUGUAUCCAAAAUGUUCCAGAUUGCUUUAGGUGCCAUGGUUGGAGGUCCAUUAGAUCAAAAAGUGUUGGAUAAAGUUAUAGUGGGAGCAUCUGUUACAACAUUAGCUCUUCUUUCAAUAGUUAAAGCCUUGUCAGUAGCUCUUGGGAUUGGUGGUGUGACAGGGGCAUUGCUGGGGGCACUAGGGGCAGCUGGGGUGUCUAUGGGGGCAGCUGCAGCUGUAGCAGUUCAGUGCUCCUCGUGGGCAGGAACCAUAAGCGCCAUAGCUGGGAUGCUAUCUGGAGCUUUAGCCACUGGAAACUGGGACAUCGCUAACAUUGGACUGCAGGUGCUUGUGGCCUACGUGUUUGCUAUGAUAAAUCCUUACUGACUGAUUUCUGGCGUGAGGACUGAGGAUUUUAACCACAGCCUAAUGAAUGGUACUUAAAAAUUUACAUCCUUCAGCUGCAGCUCAGCAUGGUGCUGCUCCAGUGCAAUUGUCAGCUGAAAACAUGAAACAUGAUUUUUUCCUGGAGAGUAAUUUAACAGUUCAACCACCAACAGACCAGCUUUCAGUAAUCUGUGUUCAAAGUUAUACUUUUUACCACUGUACUGUACCACUUGCGUGUUAAAC